AGUGCUCUCUCCUCUCGUUGCAGAGAGAGCAUCACACACACGCACACAUGCAUAUUAAGUAAAGACAAAAAAAGAAAAUAAAAAAAAAAAAAAUAACAUUACACGCAAAAGUGACAGUUCUUAGCGGUUCUUAUAGUGUCGGUUUGUGUUGACAUAUAUGUUAUACUUCUUAAAGACAAUAAAACAUCAAUAUAAAUAAUCAAAAAUGUUAAUAAUAAAUAAGACAAUAACAUUAAACCACGUAAAACUAGAAAAUAAAAAUUCAAGAUAAAAUAAGGCAAAUCAUCAUCAAAUAUUUGGAGUUAACAUUUGAUGAAUAUAUAACAAGAUGACAUCUUGACUAAAACAUCAUUGGACAAUACAAAUAACAGGCGAGUAUUUAUUUAUUAUUUAUUUGUUUCAUUUUUGGAAAACAAAAAGAAAAAAAAAACAUUUAAUGAAGAAGAAAAAAAAAAAGAAGCCAAUUAUUAAACGAGAUAUUUGAAAAGUUAAUUAAAGGGUAUAUUGAUUGAUACAUAAAUAAACACAUAAACAUAUGUAUAUAAAACAUUUUAAUCAAAAUAACGAAAGAUAAAAAAAAAUUUAAAUUUCGGAAUGAAUCAUUGUAAUGGUUUAUUGAAAAUACUGGGUGGGGAGGCAUGGAAGCUGAAAAUAGCCGGUUGGCACAUCAGGGGCUGCAUCAUCAUCAUCAUCAACAUGAACAUCAUCAUCACAUUCAACAAAAUCAUCAUCAACUUAGUCUAUCCAACACUGGUAUACCAGGACUCGAUGUUGUAAGAGCCCUGCAUCAGACAGUGAUAUCAUUGAGAUCAGCAUUGGAAUCAUCACGUGAAGAAUUACAUAAACUUCGUAAAAUAGUUAAAGAUUACAAGGGUGAAACAUACAGUGAAAUUGUUGAACGAUUGUCGUUGGAAAAUCACGUACUGCGCCGGAAAAUAAUCAGGCGUGGGGAUAAUAUAACUGAUGGUGCAUGUAUCAUCAGUCCAGAACAAAAUCUCGAUAGUACAACAUCGAAAGUAUCAAUACCAGUAAUGUCAGUUGAUGCGUCAACGUCAAAGGAUAAACAUCAACAAGAAGAUCAUACUAUGGAAAAUACAGUAGAGAUAAAUAAUGAUGAUAAGAUCAAGGUCACUCAUGAAGAAUCAGCUGUUAUCCUUGAAUUAUCAACAGCUGAUGUUCAACAAGUGCUAACAAAUAAUAAUGAUGAUGAUGAUAAUAAUAAUAAUAAAUGUGAAAUUAUAAAUAUUGAACAACAGAUAAAUGAAGAUUCAUCAACAUCAUUGAUACAAGAUGUUGAAUCUCCUGAACAAGAAUGUGCUGGUAUUAUUUAUCAAAAUAAUAUUGAUGAUAAUUUAAAAAAUACAACAGAUUCAAGAUUUGAUAAUAAUCCAUCUCCUGGAUGUACCAAUGAUAGAAAUAUUUGUACUGGUGAAUCAGAAAAUGAUUCUGAAGAGUUAGAUGACAUUGAAUUAAUAUUUACAACUGAUGAAAAUUGUCGUGAAAUAAGUAUGCAAGAAGUUCUGGUAUCUAUAACGGAACCUGAAAAUUGGCAACAACCAACUAAAAAAAUUGUAUUACAAACAUCACAAGAGCAGGAUGAAACAAUUGCCCAUGACAUUGAAUUAGAAUGUGAUGAUGAUGAAGAUGCUGAUGCUGAUAAUAAUGAUGAUGAAGGCGACGAUGACGAGGACGAUGACAACAAUGAGCAAACAAAUAAUAUAACAACAAAAACAUGUACAAGCUCAGUUGACGAAGCUGGCUCAUCACAAUAUUCAUCUGUUGAUCGUGGUGAAAAUGCUGAUCAUUUUGAUAGUGUCUCAAAUCCACGUUUACAAAAAAUAUGGUCCCAAUGCUCAGUUUUAGUUGAAACUGAUAUAUCAAAAUGUGGUGUAUUGGAUCAAAUUGAUCAUCAUCAUUAUCAUCAUCACCAUCAUCAUCAUCCAAUUGUUCACAAUACUGAACGUAGAAAUACUGUUGCUGGUCCAUCAACAUCAUACAGACCGAUCAUACAUCGGGAGACACAGGGCAAUUAUGGAAGACGAAAAUCAUUAAUACCAUUGCGACCAAUUAUGGAUAACUGUGCAAAUGGUGCACGUAGAGAAAAUGGUGUACAAACUGAUAUAUCAGCAUUACCAUCACAUUGGAAAUCCGAAAGUUAUCUUGCCCAUAAAGUUGCACAUACUUUUACCACAUUACCCAGUAAAUUUUCCUUACCAAUUAAUUCAGCUAAUCGUUUAAAAUUAUCUGAUAAAACACGUGAAGCUAGACGUGUUAUGCUUUCUGAUAUUAGUUUUACAAGUAUGGUACCCGAAUUAUCUAGAAGCGCUGAUCAUUUAACACUUGAUCUAAAAUGUCAGCAAACACCUGAAUGGCAUCGACCUGAUUGUCCGAUAACAACUGGUAAUCAAUGGCCAAAAUCAAAUAUGCGUCUUGGCUUACAUAGUCCAUGUGAGUGUCGUGUAUCAACUGAAAUAUUUUCAUCAAGAUUUCGUAGCUCUUUGGCAUCAAUUCCUUCACCAGUUUAUGAAGUUGGUGGUAGUCCACCACCACGUCGUCAAACUUGGCGUACAACAAAUCCAUCAUCAUUUGAAACAUGGAAACAUGGUAGUAAUAUGCCAUCAACAUCACGUUUAACAUGGUCAUCAGUACCAUCAUCACCAACUCAUACUUGUCCAUUUUCAAGUAAUAAAAAAUUUACAAAAAAUCCAUCAACAAAAUCACGUCAAAAAGUAACAUUUCAAGAAGGACCAAUGAUACGCGGUAGUAUGCCAAAUUUACCAUCUGAAAUAAAUUGUAGUGAGACAAGUGAUUCAACUGAAUCAUUAAUUGAUGAAGCUGAAGCUUAUUUACGACGUGGUAUUGAUUCAAUACUUAAAAUAUCAAGUCCAGAUCGUGAUUGUUUAUCUGGAAUAUCAACACGUCGUAGACGUUCACGUAGAAAUUCCGAAACAGAUGUAACUCGUAAGGAUUUUUUACCAAAAAAUGCAAGACCAUUUUUACCAAAGCAUCCUCGCGAUUUAAAACUGGAUAAUCUCGUGAAAGUAAUAUCACCUGAGGGAAAAGUUCUUCAGGGCAAGGUCAGAUAUGUCGGGCCACUUCCAGGCACUGAAGAUAUUCAUGUUGGUGUUGAAUUACCAACAGACACUGGCACAACAGAUGGAAGUUUUCAUGGACGAAGAUUUUUCAACUGUGAACAAGAUUGUGGAGUCUUUGUUCCAUUCAAGAAAGUCAUACUUGCCUGGUGUACCAUUUAAACUUCACCAUCAAACUUCUGAUAUAUCGAAAAACCAAUUUGCAAUAUUUUCAACUCAACCAACAUAAAAUAUAUUUCAAUAUCAACUGAACUGCAAUUGGGAUCAAUGGAAAUAAAUCGACUUAUUGCAUAUGCUUGUCAACGAAGGGAAAAAAAAAAAAAUAAAAUAAAUUUGCUGUGAGUAUUAAACAACUAAAUAUCUCAAUUUUAUUAUAUAUAAUUGACAAAUAUAAAAUUUACUUUUUCAAUCAAAUCAUUUUCAAAAUUACGUAGUAAAUAUUUUUAAAUUUUAUUCACUCGUGAAAUUAAUAAUCAAAAAAAAUUAAAAGCUAAAUGAAAAAUUAAAUUGAGAUAUUAUAAAAUUAUGAAUUAUCAAAGAGCUUUGAUAAUUAAAUAAUAAUUUCAAGAAAAUACAUUGUUUGAGGAUUCUUGCUUCGGGCAAAUCACAGCAAAGUUCGAUAAUUAAUGAUGACAUAUAUUUAAAAUAAAUACAUAUAUAAUAAAAGACAAAGUAUUAGAAGAAUUGUUGGACGUACAAUAUUAUUAUUGAUAUUAAAUUAUUGCCAACUAUGUCACAGGUAAAUUCCAACAAUUGCCAAUUGUGUUUAUUAUUAAAAAAUUACUAUCUAAUUUGUCACAAAUUGUGACUAAUUCAAUGGGUAUUAGCUUCCAUGGAAUAUAAUAAUUUUAAUAAUUUCUUUCUUUUGCAAAUAACAAUUUGAUUUUAUUAUUUAUUGAAAUUAGUAUUUUCUGAUAAUCCAACAGUAUUUAAUUUCCAAUGUUAGUAUUUUUUUUUUUUUAAUUUAGUUUAAUUAGGUUUUUUUAAAUACAAUUUUUUAUUUAGUAUGAUAUUUCAAAAGUUAUAUAAUAAAUUCUGUAGUUAUAUUACAAACUCAAUUAAUUGUACUGAUAGUACGCCUCUUAUCCCAAUUUCGCGUUGUCUAUAUCGAACUCUUGUCGACUUAAAACAAUUCAAAAUUCGUUAUCGUUCCACUGGGUGCAAAAUUAAGUUCCAUCUUGCAUGUCAACUUCGUACAGCACCUGUUAAUGAGUGAGUGAAUUUAAUUUCAUAAAAUAUACAUGUAAAAGAUAAUUUAUAAAUAUAUUACAAACGCAUUACAAAUGCACAAAUAAUUUGAAUCAAUUAAUAAAAAUAGAAUUAAAUUUUAAAAAAUUGAUGUAAAUAAAUGUUUAUAAAAAUACACAUUUAGGUAUUUUUAGGAAAAAAUGUAUAUAAUGAUAAAUUAAUUAUAUACUUUUUUUUUUCUUCUUUUAAAUUGCCAUUUUAGUACAACCUAUUAUCAUUUAGUACAAUGAUUCAAUUGUGAUCGUGCUUUAUUAAUUUUAUUUUUUUUUUUUAUUAUUAUUUUUAUUUUAAAUUCUUUAAUUAUAUUAUUAUAACAAAAAAAAAAAAAAAGCAUCAACACGCAGUAUUUUCUAUUGACUUACAAAGAAUAUAUAUAUAUUUAAUUUUUUUUAAUUAUUUUUUUUACGUUUACUUAUAUUUGAAAGAAAAAAAAAAAAAAAAGAGGUACUAUUAUUUUAUUUUUUAAGAUUCAACGUAAAGUUUUAAAGUUAUAUAUUUUAUAUGGUGCAAAAGUGUAUAAUAUUUGCGAAACAAUCGGGCUUAUAUUGGAUGUUUUUAAUCUUUUUUUUUUUAUUGGAUUUUUUAUCUAUAUAUUCUUUUUUUUUUAUCGAAAGAUCUGUAGGUUUUUUUUUUUUUGAUUCAUCAUGAAAAAUUUAUGUCAUUAUUAAACUUUCAAUGAACAUUUCGAGUAAAUUUCUUUUUUUUUUUUUUGCAUCAGUAUUUAAAAAUAUUUCAGAUAUAAUAAAUUAUUUUAUUGUCCAAUAAAUUUAUAGUCGAGUGAAGGUAUUUGUUGAUAUUCAAUCGAGUGAAAUGAUAAAAAAGAAUAUUUGUUACAAGGUCACAUUAAAGCUUUGGCGUAACAUUCAAUCAUUUCGAUCGAAAUAUAUAUUCACUAAAUAACAAUGGUCAAAUAUUGUCCAGUAGAUUUUUUUCAUAUCCUUUUUAUUUAUUUUUUUAUUUAAAAAAUUUAAUACUUGGUAUUUUCAAAAUUAAUACUUGUCAUUAUUUUUAUUGGUUGAAAUAAAAUUUAAACCCCGUAAAUUAAUUAAAUAGAUAAUAAUUAUUAUUACUAUUAUAUCAGGCAAUCAUAAAUGUGUAAAAAUAAAUAUAAAAAUGAAAUAAUAUAGAGUAAAAAAAAAUAAAAAUAAUAUAGUUAACAAAAUAAAAUGAAUAUUAGGAAGAAAAAAAAAGCUCUUAAAAAAAAAAAAGUUGCAAGUGUACCUGUUCCGAUGAUCGUGUACACAAUUGAUUAUAUUAUUUAAAAAAAAUUUUAGAGUGUCACGAUCGGUUUAUCCUUCAAUAUUUAGAUUUCAUUAUUAUUUGUAUUAUCAUUAUCAUCAUUAUUGAUAGAUAAGCUAGCAUCGUUAUGUAAAAAGUAGGUCGAGGAGCUUUUGUAGUGAAGGUCUAUAGUGUAAACAUCUAAAAUAUUUUGGGAAAGCUUUUUAAGCAUGUUUAUAAUUUGCUCAUUUAAAUUUUUUAGUCAAGUAGAAGCAUCUAUACUCAGUCAUGUUAAUUUUUUUUUUUUUUUUAACGAACCUACUAUGCCCAAAAUUUUUAAUAUUACUGAAAUUAAUCAAAAAUUCUAAUUGAUCAAAAAAAAUAAAUGUAUAAAUAUUAUUGAUACAUUUAAAAAUUAAAGAAAAGCUAUAAAAAAAAUUUACAAUUGUGAAUAAAAGCUCCUUCUUACUUUUGAUCUUAUUCAAAACUUUGCUAGCUUAUAAAUUAUUAUUUUUAAAUCGCUCUUUAUUAUACGUAUCAAUGUAUAAUAUUUGUGAUGUUGAUUCUAUGAACAAAAAAAAAAAAAAAGAACAAGUUAAAAACAAAUUAAUUAGUCAUUUCUUAAAAUGAUAAUUAAAUUUGUGAAUGCAAAUUAAAUAAUUUUAUUAAUGUUAAUGCAAAAAUAAUAAAUAAAUAAAAUAUAUGUUUAUAAAAAAAAAAAAAAAAAAAGUAGUUGUGAGAAAAAAUAUUGAUGUCAAAAGAAAAUAAAUAAAUACAAAUAUAAGAAAAAAUAUAUAUAUAUAUUUCAAUGUCAUAAUAAAUGUAGUGAGGCUUGAUAUUGGAAAAGUAUUUUCGAGUUUGAAAUUUGACUAUGUAAGAAGAGAUAGUUUGUCAGAAAUCGAAAUAGUUUUUAGAAGAAAAAAAAUGAAAAUUAAUAAUAAUAAUGCUAUAAAAAAUUUAUACAACAAACAAGAAAGUUUAAAAUAUAGAAAAAAUAAUUGAUAAAUUAUUUAAAAUGAUACUUAAUUAUUAUUGAUUUCGUUUAUAUAAUUUAUGAUUAAAUUUAAAAAAUUAUUUAUUAUUUUUUUUUUCAUUUGUGACAGAGAAUAAUAAAGGCUUAUAAACUUUCUCAAUUAGUCGAUUUCAAUCUCGAAACUUUGAAAGUUUGUCAAAGCGUGAUAUUGACAAUGCUCUCUAAUUUGUGCGGUUUUGAAAUGAAAGAUAAAAAAUGGAACAAUGAAAUAAAAAUAAAUAAAUAAAAGACAUAAAUAUGCAGA